AUGGCUUCCUGGAUCGGGAAAUUAAAGAGCGCGUCGUCCGUUAAUGGAGAUAGCAACUUACCUCUCCAGCAGGGCCCAUCCAGUCCGUCCGGUGUGUCCAGCAAGAAAGAUGCCGCCUCGAACCAAACAUCUCUGGAGAAGUUGUUGAUGAACGCCGGCCCGAUACGAAGCGAUGGAAGUGACAAAUUCUUCGGGAUGGAAAAUUUUGGCAAUACUUGUUAUUGCAACUCGAUAUUACAGUGUUUAUACUAUUCCGUACCAUUUCGAGAGCAGGUCCUUAAUUAUCCGAAACGAGCCGCUCCACCUCGAUCCAAUGCAAUCAAACCAGCAAACGCCGCCGCCGGCAAACCAACAGCGAAUGGCUCAGCACGGAACCCCGGUGCGCCGAUGGGCUCACAAAAGCCGGAGGACAAGGACUCUCCCGAAUUUAAGAAGAAGCAGGCUUUACUGAAUGGGCCAAUACUGAACAUGAGCUAUGAAAACACGUCCGGGUAUGAUAUGCCAGAAACACUGUAUACUGCGCUGAAGGACGUUUUCGAAGCUAUUGUUGCCACUCAAUCACGAAGAGGAGUGGUUAGCCCAACUAAAUUCUUGGAGGUGCUCAGGCGGGACAACGAGAUGUUUCGAACAGCAAUGCAUCAGGACGCGCACGAAUUCUUGAAUUGGGUACUUAAUCAAGCGAUGGAAAGUGUCGGGGCCAAUGCCAAAAAGGUCGAAGCCGAGAAAGAGGCACAUGAAACCAAGGGAGAAGCGAAUGGUGAUGUCUUCAAGAAAGAUGCAUCCUCGGGGUCGUUGCCUUCUCAGUUCUGGCCUCCCAAAACCGAGCAUACUCCACAACACUGGAUACACGAUCUUUUCGAAGGCACCCUGACCUCGGAAACGCGAUGUCUGACCUGUGAGAACAUAUCCCAGCGAGAUGAAGCCUUUUUAGAUCUUUCAGUUGAUUUGGACCAGCAUUCUUCCGUGACGGCAUGUCUCCGAAGAUUCUCAGAAGAGGAAAUGCUAUGUGAACGGAACAAAUUCCACUGCGACAACUGCGGAGGCUUGCAGGAAGCAGAGAAGCGCAUGAAGGUGAAGAGACUACCAAAGAUUCUCGCUCUGCAUCUAAAGCGAUUCAAGUACACGGAGGAUUUACAACGAUUACAGAAGCUUUUUCACAAGGUGGUGUACCCAUAUCACCUGAGGUUAUUCAAUACAACCGAUGAUGCGGAGGAUCCGGACAAAUUAUACGAGCUGUAUGCCGUUGUCGUACACAUCGGUGGUGGUCCAUAUCACGGUCAUUACGUCGCCAUCAUCAAGACACAAGAUAGAGGCUGGCUGUUGUUUGACGAUGAAAUGGUGGAGCCAGUGGACAAGAGUUACGUUAGAAAUUUCUUUGGCGAUCGGCCUGGGCUCGCAUGCGCCUACGUUCUAUUCUAUCAAGAAACGACAUUGGAAGCAGUGCAGAGGGAACAAGAGAGAGAGGGCAAACCACGGGCGUCUGUGGAAGAACAGACCGUCGUCAAGUUGAACGGUACGGCCGAUGUACCACGAAUACACAGCAUAAGUCCGCCGACUACAUCAGAAGAUCCUGGCAAGUUCACGACCCUUGAGCAUGCAUUGACGCUUCCACAACUACCCCCAUUGAAAGCCAGUGCCAAUUCUCUCACCUCACCAAUUUCAUCGCCUCUGAGCCCGAGAAGAGCUGACUUUCUCUGGCGGAAGGACAGGGGGAAGGAUGAAAAAAAAUUGGCAGAAAAAGAGAAAGAAAAGGCUGAGAAGCAUAAGCGGAAAGAGCUUGAAAGCAAGCCUAAGGAGAUGCAGCCUGCAGAAGCUGCCGACCAUGGCUCUCCUUCAACAAUCCCUCAGAUCUCAGCUCCCGAUGAUCCCCCGUCUGCGCACACAGCUGGCAAGGAGAAUACAUCUGCUAGUCUUGGUGGCCUUGACCGGUUCAAGCGAACGAGUAAAAGUCUCAAGUUUGGGUCGCUAGGUAAGAAGGACAAGCCCGUGGUGGUAGAAGACGAGCUUGAUUCACCACACGCCCCGGAUAAAGAAAAGAAGAACCGCUUCAGUAUACGCAAAAAGUCGUUCGGCCUGUUAUCAUAA